CUGGUUUCUCUCGGUGGGACAGAGGGGCUGAGCGACGGACGGACGACAGCCCAUCAGCAGAAAAAACACCAUGUGAAGAGACGCUAUAAAGAAAGGGACAAGGAAAGAAGACUUGAGAACUUAUUGGUCUCUCCACCACCGGGUCAGCGUUUCUAAAGGCUCGGCAGAGAGCGAAUGGACAGAGCGGGAGAGGAGCAGUCUCACCCACGUUACGUCCCGGACAUUGUGUCUGUCUGUCAACGCUGGGGGUGGAGGAGGACUCACCGGGGAAAACUUUAAAUAGAGGUAGCAGACACGGAUACCAUGCCGACGAGCGAUGGCCCCAGCCGCUUCCCGGUCUUUGUGGCCCCGCCCAAUGGAAACCACCCAAGGCCCCCGGGUUAUGUCCCCGGUCGGGUGGCUCCAGUGCGCUCGCCACAUCCUGCCAAAGCUCCCCCACCUCCACCGAUGAAACCUCUCGGCCCCCCGCCAGAGCGACGAGCCACGUUCAACCUGUCAGAGGAGAACCAGCGCAGGGAGCGUGACCAGAACCUCCAGAAGAAUAAAAACAGCUUAAUCUGCUUCGGAGUGUCCAUCGGGGCUUUCUUCCUCACCCUCAUCCUUGUUCUCAGUCUCUCAAGUGGAGACAUUUUAGAUGAAAACUGUCCGGACCACGACCUGUCCCUCAGCAGCUGGAGCCCAGGCCACCAACCAGAGAAGGCUGUUAUCGUCAGGAGUGGACAUCUGUUUAGGCUGGAGUCUUCUGCCACCUUCCAUUCAAUAACCAUCCAGUCAGGAGGUAAGGUCGUUUUUGCAGACAACGCUGACGGCUCCAAAAACAUCACCCUGCGGACCCGCCACAUCCUCAUAGAAGACGGUGGAGCCCUUCACAUCGGGGCUCCCAAAUGUCGCUACCGUUCCCGCGCCACAGUAGCCCUGGUGGGUCGCUCCGACGACAAGGCGGUCGCUGCAGUGCCCGGCAUGGGCCGCAAGUUCAUAGGUGUGAUGGGCGGUGGGACUCUGGAGCUUCACGGUGCUGAGAGGGUGUCCUGGUCUCUGCUGACCCGAAGUGUCCCGGCCUCCGGUCUGAACACGGGGGGUUACUCCUUCCUGCGAAACUUCAGCAGAGGCAUCAACCUGCGCGUGGUGGACCAGGACACGGCUGCAGUGCUGCUGUGCGAACGCUACGACACGCACGACUCCCGAAAUGACAGCCGGCGGCUCACCCAGCUGCUGCGGACCCUCCCAGAGGGCCGCAUCGUCACGCUGGCUGUGGGAGACUCGGCUGUCAAAAGUCUUCUGGACGAAACUAAGAAGGCCAUUGAAGAGAAGCUCGGCAGCAGCUUCGUCUAUGAUCUCAAAUACAGGCAGGCGUGGGCUCUGGUCUCGGUGGUGGGUGGAGGAAACGCUUCAUGCGCAGAGGACGUCAAGGAACAUGAAAACCACAACACAGGAGGAAGAGCUCUGGCAAGGCGCAACUUCACCACCGUCGAUGGAGUUGACUUCUCCGUCACCGCCUACAGCGAGUGGAAGACCGGCUUCCCCAUCACAGGCUUCCAGGUGGAUGCUGUGGACCAGGUGCUGCUGAACCUGCAGGAUGAAGUGCAGCAGACCUGGCAACCCGGGGAUCAGAUUGUAGUUGCCAGCACAGACUACUCCAUGCAUCAGACGGAAGAGUUUACCUUGUUGCCCUGCUCUCACUGCAGCAGCAGGCAGGUCAGGAUACAAGGGAAGCCUCUGUAUAACCACGUUGGAGAGAUCUUAGACGGGGUCGACAUGCGAGCCGAAGUGGGUUUGCUCUCCAGAAACAUUCUCAUCUACGGGGAAAUGGAAAACUCGUGCUACGGAAACAACGCGUGCCAGUUCUUCAGCCACGACACCUACGGAGGCCAUAUAAAGAUCUUGGGUAACUUCUCAUCCGUGCAUCUGUCCCACGUGGAGCUGAAGAACAUGGGCCAGCAGGGCGAGAAAGGCAGCUACCCGCUCCACUUCCACAUGUGCGGGGAUGUGGACCAGAGGGGGGGCUACCGGGAGCCCACCUACGUCGACGGACUCUCCAUACAUCACUCCUUCUCCCGCUGCGUCACCAUCCACGCCACCAACGGUCUGCUGGUGAAGGACACUGUGGGCUAUGACACCCUGGGUCACUGUUUCUUCCUGGAGGAUGGGAUCGAGCAGCGUAACACCUUCUUCCACAACCUGGGCCUGCUGACCCGCCCCGGGACUCUGCUGCCCACCGACCGCAACGAGACCAUGUGCACCAGCAUCAAGGACAAAGUCUACAAGGGCUACACCCCCUCACCCAGCACAGAGUGCAAGGCAGUUUCCACGUUCUGGAUCGCCAACCCAAACAACAAUCUCAUCAGCAACGCAGCUGCUGGUUCUCAGGAUGCUGGCAUAUGGUUCGUGUUCCACAGCUCUUCCACCGGAGACUCUCAUGGGCUGGUACCAGAGACCAAGGCAGAGCUCACACCCCUGGGGAUUUUUUACAACAACCGCGUACACUCCAACUUUAAGGCAGGGCUGUUCAUUGAUAAAGGAGUGAAGACCAGCAAUGCCAGCGCUGCGGACCCCCGGGAAUACCUGUGUCUAGAUAACAGUGCCAGAUUCCGGCCGCACCAGGAUGCUGACCCUAACCGCCCCCGGGUUGCAGCAGUGAUUGACACUCUGAUCUCCUACAAGAACAACGAUUUAGGGGCGUGGAUACGGGGAGGGGACAUCGUCAUCCAGGACUCUGGAUUUGCAGACAAUGGAGUGGGACUGGCUUUUGCCAGUGAUGGCAGCUACCCUAAGGAUGAAGGCUCCAGCCAGGAAGUGACACGGUCCUUGUUUGUGGGUGAAAGUCGAAACAGAGGGACCAACGGAGGACAGAAUAAAUACUGGGGCUUAGGAGGGGUUGAUGCAAAGAUGAGGACACUGCCUAGAAACAGGACAUUCCCAAUCCGAGGUUUCCAGAUCUACGAUGGUCCGGUGCGACUUACCCACAGUACAUUUCGUGGAUACAUCCCCACACCGGAGCGUUAUACCAGCGCAGUGGGAUUCAACCUGAAGAACACCUGGCAGCUCACCCCACGAAACAAUCUGUCCCAGCUCAGCUUCCACCCCACUGUGGGUCUGCAGACGUUCUUCGGCCGCCCGGGGCAGUGGUUUGAAGAGAACGACCUGGACGGGGACAAAAACUCCAUCUUUCACGACGUGGACGGCUCCGUGACGGGCUACACCGACACCUACGCCGGCCGAGCAGACAAUUACCUGAUCCAACAUCCUGAAUGUGUGAACAUGCCUCAGUGGAGCGGAGUGAUCUGCAGCGGACGCUACUCUCAGGUGUACAUCCAGACCCAGGGAUCCCCUAACCUGAUCCUAUCCAUCAGCAGAGAUGAAUACCCAGCUGCCCCUCUGGUUCUGAGGGGGAUCAACAGCCAGGGGGCGCUGUCUCAGCAGUACCAGCCCAUCCUGAUGAUGAGCAAGAGCUACAGCCUGCAUUGGAGCGGACCUGCACCCAAAGAGGUGGUGCUGUCCCUCAUUAACUUCGACAAAGAUGACUGGGCGUUGGUGGGACUCUGUUACCCAUCAGGCACCACGUUUCAGAUUAUGGCCGACAUCAACGACAGGCAGAGCAACACCUUCGAUGACCUCACAGACUACGGCACCGUGUCAUCCUUAGCAGAGCUGGAGAACAGGCCGAUGGAGAGGAAGUACUACUUUGACCGAGCUGUUGGCUUGUUGUGGUUCUUCCUUCGGGCUCGGCACGGUCGUGAAGGUCACAGCUACUGUUCAGCAAAAGGCUGCGAAAGAGUGAAGGUCAUGGCCACCACGUUGUCCAAACAGACCUGUAACUGCACAGCCAAAGCCUACCCCAAGUACUCCAAGACCCCCUCAGCAGUGGUGCCUAUGCCGUCUCUCAAUACACAACCCUGUAAAGGCUGCGGUGCUAAAAAGCUUGUGUUUUCCAGUGAGCCAUGGACCUUCUACCUCCAGACACAAGUCAAGUCUCUCAGCAGCAAAGAGCAGCAGAAAGGAGAUAACAGCUCCUAUAUCACUGUGAAUGAGGUCACGAUGCCCUUCUCUCAGCCUGGAUAUUUCCUGGUCUCAGUGGACGCCUGCUCGGGGAAGGUCACCAAGAAAACCUCAUUUGCAAAGAUGGACGCCAAGAUGGAACAGUACCUAAAAACUGGAAUACCAAAGAGGUCUAUCGUGCUUAUGGCGACACGAGGUCAACCAGAAGGCCUCGUUAGUGUGGCACCACAUCUGGUCUCCUUUGGAAUGGCCAAAGCUGCUGAUCUGCACAGUAAAGAGAGUCUGGCUCUUUGGGGGUUCCAGGGGGGUUCUCCGCCCCCUCCGUGGGUCUGGCUGCAGGCCGGGCAGGACGACGAGGUCCUGGGUCUGCAGGAGCGCUACCUGCCUCUGGGUCUGGAGGCUCACGGCUGCACCCCCCCUGCGGCUCAAACACGCAAAGACCUGGAGCUUCUCAAAAAAGCCACGGGACAACAAUGACCAAUGUGAACUACACAACUUAACUACCCAGAACUUGCACACAGAUACACACACAACCAGCUGAUGAAUGUGAACUGCUGAACCUUUAAUUUAUUUAACAAUGGCAAAUAUGUUUACUGAUUCCAAGUGGAGAGAAGGUAUUUUAUAAUGACUGGGUGAGUAUUUUUGUGAUUUUUGUGUGUGUGUGUGUGUGUGUGUGUGUUUGUAUGUAUGCCUUGGGGCCGUUGAGUCAAUGCACUUUUCCUUUUAAAGACACAACUUGCCUUAUCAGCCAAAGUGAUCACAUGGAGCUUUAUAAUAACUCAGCUGUUUAUGUUGGAACAGAAAAGAAAACAAACCCAAAGCAACCUUUAACAUUUACAAACCGAUCCAAAUAUUUAUAAUGCACUAAAUGAAUAUCGAGUAAAUUGGAUUUAAUCUAAAAACAGAACACAAUGCAUUAGAUACACACAAGCCAGGAGGAAAUUAUGAAAAUAAAUGGCAUUGUCCCUGAAAUGAGACCGUGUUCGAUUGGAACAGAAAAUGAAACAAGAUGGAUGAGAGGAGCUCAGGUCAAAGGGAAGUAAUGAAAGAACAUUGCACCUGGGAAUCAAGCAUCAAUAUUAAGCCAAAAAUGAACUUGUUAGAGACCUAGAUUCUUUCAAACAAAGUCAAAACAAGCCAUAUUGAUGUCUAGAUUGUUAAUGCUUAUAUAGACAUUUUACUUAUAUAGACUUGACAUACACAAAUGCUAUUAACCCUUAGAUGCAUAAGUGGCUCUUUUUUGACCCGGUGAGGUGGUUUUCUUGAAGUAUCUUUGUAAUUACA